GUAUUAACGAACGUUUGAACUUCAACUUUGACAUAUUACCCAGUACCUACAUACAUACAUACAUACAAAUCACUCCAUUCGAACCUCGAUUGGGACAGUUCCGAGAAAUCCAAAUUUGGCUUGAAGAAUACUAUCGCAACAAAUGCCAGGUAGCCUCAUCUAUCUUGGUAUCCAAGCUAUAUAGUUAUUUCCUUCGUUGUUUUAUUUCAUUUAAAAAGAUACCAUUCAUUCUCUUGAGUAAACAAACACUAAAUCCCUAGAUACCCCCCCUUCCGAUGUGAUGACAUAAAACGUAUGAGUGCCUACGUAUCCUGAAAUAUAUUGAUAUAUAUAAUGAGAAGAUGAGUUCAGAGAAGAAGUCAAAAGCCAAAGCGUCUAGUGCGACUUCGACUUCGACUUCGAAUUCGAUUACAUCAAAUCCCUCAAAGAGUCAUGUAUCCCAUCUAAUUUCUACUCAAGCGCGAGAGGCGCUAGCUGUCAUUUUCGCAUUUCGUCUCAUCAACGCGCUCUGUGUCCGUACUUUCUUUCAGCCAGAUGAAUAUUUCCAAGCUCUCGAGCCGGCAUGGCGUAUGGUGUUCGGGGAGGACAGCGGCGCAUGGAUAACCUGGGAAUGGCAACAUAAGAUCCGUUCUUCUGUUCAUCCUGCCGUGUUUGCCUUGGGAUACUACAUCGUUGAGAACUUUGGGGGCCCAGGAAUGGAUCCAACGAUCAAAGCCAAAUGGCUCAUCGCGGCACCCAAGGUUCUACAGUCUGGCUUUGCUGCCCUGAGCGAUUGGUACUCAUGGAGGCUUGCCGAAAGGCUCUACGGUCAUAGUAGUGCCGCUGCCUGGUCUGUCUUUCUUGCGACUCUGCUGAAUCCUUGGCAAUGGUAUACUGCAACGCGGUCCUUUUCCAAUUGCUUCGAGACUACCCUAACAGCCAUGGCUCUCUAUUACUGGCCCUGGGAGCUGCUUGGGACGGAUAACGACGGGAACAAAGAAUCCCAGGAUUCGUCAAUUCCACUAUUCGAGACGUGGGGUCAACUUAAUAGUCUCCGCCUGUCUCUAAUGCUGGCCGCAUAUGCGGUUCUAUUACGGCCAACUAACAUUUUGAUAUGGAUGGCCAUCGGUACUCUUGUACUUACGAGAGCUACCCUCGGUGGAAAGUCGCCCCUUACUCGAAGGAACCUCCUCGUUGUGUAUAGGGAGGUGCUUCUUUGCGGGUCUUUUGUCCUCGGGCUGUCUGUGUUAGCUGACAGGUUAUACUAUGGAGAUUGGACAUUCCCUCCACUUACAUUCCUUCAUGUCAAUGUCGCGCAGGAUCUCGCCGCUUUCUAUGGACAGAAUGACUGGCAUUAUUAUCUCUCUCAGGGCAUACCCUUGCUAUGCACUACGAUAACCCCGUUCGUAUUGAAGGGCAUCUAUAAGUCUCUGGAUGCAGAGACCUCGAAGUGGCCGGUGGUGACUUCCAACGCUCUUAAGGCACUGUCAUUUGUUAUUCUCACAACUAUAUCGUCCCUGUCUUUUAUAUCUCACAAGGAAGUCCGCUUCAUCACACCCCUUCUACCUGCUUUCCAUAUCCUAGGUGCGCCGCAUAUCGUAUCUUUCUUCACGACAAUAGCAGAUGCUACCGCUACUUGCUCACUGCCAUCCUUAGGAUGGAAGAAGGUCCCCUUGCUAGUAGCAGGGCUCCUCGUCAACAUCAUCAUCGGCGGGUACCUGUCCUACUUCCACGCCGCAGCGCCUAUCAGUGUGAUGAGCUUCCUCCGGUCCGAAUUUGAAACCACCCACCCAACUCAUCUCGCCAUCCCGCGCCCCACAACCGAACCAGACGACGACGACAGCUUCUCCCAAGAACUCUUCGCCCUCUUCCUAACCCCCUGCCACGCCACCCCCUGGCGCUCCCACCUCGUCUACCCCUCCCUGCGCGCCCGCGCCCUCACCUGCGAGCCCCCCAUCCACACCCCGCCCCGCUCCCCGCAGCGGCAGGCGUACCAGGACGAGACGCGCCGCUUCUACGCCGACCCGACCGCCUUCCUGCAGCAGGCCCUGUGGCCCCGCGACGGCCCCGGCGAGGACAUGGCCCGCUUCAUCGUCGGCUACGAGGGCAUCGAGUCCGCGCUGCGCGCCUACUUCGAUCCGUCCGGUCCCGGCGCCCGCCACAAGGUUAGCCUGAAGGAGGUCUGGAGUCAGUGGAAUGGCCUGUUCACGGAUGAUGAUAGGAAGGCGGGUCGGCUGGUCGUGUGGGCGACGGGGUUUUAUGAGGAUGAGGGAUUGCCUGUUGAGCCGUAGAUGCAUAGGGACGGACCUCUGUAUCUGGGUAGGCAGGUUGGCGGGAAGGCGGUGUUUGCAUCGGGAUGCGGAUGGUUGGGUACAUACUAAAGCUUAGGUAUAUAAGUAGGUUCGGUAUUUCGGUGUGAGCUACCACGUACGUGGCUUACAACAAAGCUACGGAUUCUAGUACGCUAUUAUUACCUAACCUAGGUUAGGUACCUAGGAAAAGAAGU